ACGAAGAGAGAGAGAGAGAGAAGAAACGGCGAGUACUUGUGAGGCCGGCCGCAGUUGCCGCAUCGCGCACUUCGCAGUCUCGUUCCGUCCACAUUCAAGGACACAGUACCACACAUAGUCGCGCGCUUUUAUAAUACGCGUAUUAUAUAGAGAAGACACAUCUCGCUGAACUUGCCUACACGUAUAUGUACCACAAGUGAACUCUCUCUUUUGGCGAGAGAAAAAAGACCCUUCGCAGUCGCGCGCACGCAGAGUGUGAGUACAUAUCGUACACGUGGAUCCUGUGUAGCGCAGUAUUUAGGCAGUGAACAUCAAGAAUUUAGGGAGUGCCUGUCGAGUGUCGAUCGUCGCUCGCUUAUAUUUCUAUAUAAAUCGCGCGCGAGACAGCCACAAGUGUGACGUUUUUUCUGUUCAACCACUGCCCAGCGGGAGAAGAUAGAAAGUGGAACGGCACGGAUUUUACGGAAGCAUCGUAAAUAUCUGCGCUACUGGCGUUUGUCUCGCUUUUUGUGCACACAUAGGCUGCAAGAGCGUCUCUUUCCCACAGAGAGUAAUUAUCCAAGCCUUUGCAAUCAAUCCUGCAUAAUCAUGGGUAAAACUACAGCUAAGAAUGGUUCGGGCACUGGGGGCAAUGAGAGGCUAAAAUCUGUUCGCAGAAACAAAUCAACCAGCAUACCCUCACAUCUCUCUCCAGAAGCAGAGUCUGUUACCUCAAGCAGAUUAAAAGCUAGUGGAAGUGCCACUAAACAGCCAUCAUCCACCAAAACAAGCAGUACUAAGACUAAAUCUCAAGCAACACCUAAUGUUGGGUUGAGCCAAUCCCCAAGUCGUGCAAACAAAACAAAUUCAAACAAAGGAUCAAAAACAAUCAGCACCAUUAAAGUUAAGAAUUUAGAACUCAAAAUGAAGCCAGAAACUGAUAACUUGGAAAGAAAUAACAAGUUUGAUAAAGACUCAAUUGAAAAAAUUGAAAUGAAAUACCCAGAAAUUGAUAUAAGCAGUACUUAUGAAACUAUUCAAUCAGAAAAUGGGAGUACAAAUAGCUUAAAUGGUAGUAACGGUGCAUUAGAAGAAAUGAUCACUAAUAAUGAGAAAGGAAAUGGAAAUGGCACUCAAAAUGGAAAUGAAGAUUCAAUAAAUCAAUCAAUGAAUGCUGACAGCUUCCACAUGGCUGAAGAAGAUUUUGCUUUACAGCUAGAAGUUGAUGACGCUUGUGGUAAAGAAGACAGACCAAAUAAGCCCACAGAAUCAGCUGAAACUACUGAGUCAGUGGAAAAAGCAGAACCACAAAAAACUCAGAUUGAAACAAGUAGUGAAUCCCCUGUUAAAGUUGAUUCUACAACAUCUGAACAAACCAAAUCAGAAGAAAUUUCAAAAAAUGACGAGAAUCAAGAGGUUCCUAAAAUAGAAUUGAAAGAUAUGCAAGUUAAUUUGAAAGAUUGCCUGAAAGAUCCAGAGCUAAGGGAAUGUAUAAACAAUGUAAAAAAACGCGAAACCAGUCCAAAGGAGAACUUGAGUCCAAGUGAAGAAAAGAAGGAAGAAGACAAGAAAGAUGAAGAAAAGAAAAGUGAGGAACCAAAGGCUCCUGAAUACAAACACAAGGAUGAAACAUUCAGUCAAACUCUUCGGACAAUAUCUGGAAGGAGGUCUCUAUCUCGCAUGCGAAACAUGCGUGACUCGCCAGUAAACAGCUCACUAUUUGUGAAUACCUCAAAUAUCUCCUUGGCUGAAGAUGCUACCACACUUGACAAUAAAACGCCUCGCGAGCGUAGAGCGUACUCCAGAGAAGCUGCAUCGUUGCUUAAUGGAACACCGAUUGACCGAAAACGCAAGAUGGUGCAUGAAUUACCAAGCUCCAAAAAGCCAAAAAUUGAGAACGCUGAUUCUAACGGCAGUUUUUUGAAUAAGUCUUUCGAGCUUCUCAAAUAUCCAUUUAGUCCGAGAAAGCCAGCGCAAGUUUCUUCACCCUUCAAUUGUAAAAUCGAAAAACAAAGUAUUGAAUCAGCUCCAGUUGAAGCUGUAGACCCAGCUAAAAAGUGGUGCGUCCUUAUGUAAAUUAUCAUUUAAGGACAUUUUGUUGUUUACAAACACAAUAAGUUUGCAGGAUAGGUCGAUUUUUAAUUCAGUUCAAUUUUGUACUUUUAAUCGGAUAAUUACAAUGUGCCUUCUUCGAAAGCUGUAAGUUGAUUUGAAAGCCUAUAGACUCUAAAUUUUUCAGUUAAAAAACAUAAAGUUUGUACAUAUUAAAAUACAUAUAGUAUCUUUUAUUUUAUGGAAAUUUUACCUUAAAAUUUUUCGAUAUCCGCUUAGAUAAAACUAUCAAAGUUGGUUCAUGAAACGGAAAAAUUAUUUUGUAGAAAAUAAUUUGACGUAACUUAAUCACUAAAAUUAAUAUUAAUUUCUCAUUUUCACAUUCAAACCCCUGAACUUAUUGAGCCAUACAGCUUAAUAUAUAUAUAUAUUAUAACCAUUGAGCUUAUACAAAUCUACAUUUACCACGUUUUUACCUUGUAAUUUAAAAAAAAUUAUUCUUAUACCGAAGAAUAUAUGAAUAUGAUAACGAUUUGAUUUAAAUAUAUUACUUAUCCUGCAAUCUCCAAAUACACACUAUACAUUUUUUAAAUGCAAUGCAAUUUCGAUGAAAGAUUGUUUAUCAGGCGAUAUAAAUUAAUUUGACUGCAAAAAUAUUUAUAUAUGUAAAUAUAUAAAUAUAUGUGUAUCAUAAAAUUGAAUAUUUGUGUGUUACGGAAGAAAUAUAUUUCUGUAUCUACUGAAUGAACGAUAAUGAUUGUGAUUUUACAAUUAUAUUUAUAUAAUUGAAAUUGACUUCUAAUUUCAUUGCAAUUAUUUGUAUCUUAGUAUUGAGUAAGAAGUAAUAGCCCCAUGAACGGCCCAGAUUUAAUGUAUCUUUCAAUGUUUAAUCCCUUAAUGGCGAUAAAUUUUCAUUUGAAAAUAUGAUUUUUUUCAUGAUCGCACAAUUGUGUCAAGUAUGCCUUACCUACAUUUGAGAUUAGGUACUUUAAUUUUGUAAAAUACGUAUUUAACUUUAAGCUGUUUCUAACGUUUCUGCUUUAUGCAUCUUUUUGAUAUCUUUGAUGUUAAUUUAUUGAGUAAUAUGUAACAGAAACUUUGUUCAUCGACAUUAUAUACAAAUAUACGCAACAAUGAGAUGAUGUUCAAUCAGACAUGAAAAAAAUUUACGUAUCAAUUGUGUAUAGUUACAGGUUAAAUAAUUGAUCGACAUUUUAUUAGUAAAGUAAGGAUUUUAUUUAUUUCCUUUCAUUGUAAGUGGUCAUUAUUCAUGCGCAGCUUUGUUUAAACGCAUUUUUAGUUUCAUCAUUUGCGAUCAUCAUAAUGAUUAUAUAUUUUCCUAAACAUUCUAUAAAUUGUAUGUGAAGUACAAGGCGAAUACUUUACUUUUGUUGUAGAGUUGAAAUAUUUCUGUAACAAUUUGCCCUUGUUUUAUUAAAAUUUAAAAAAUUUCGAGUUAAUGUACAAUUUUACGUCUUACACAUCGAGAGUAUUAUAAAUCAAACUAGUUUUCUUAUUGAAAAUGAAGUAAAAUUGUUUACAACGGCUAAGAACAUGACAAAAAAGUAUCAUUCAAAAGUAUUUGAUUACCAUUACAUUAGUUUAACUAUUUUACAUUGUUUAUUAUUAUUAUAUAUUACACAACUUGCCUAUCUUUACGAACAAUCACUAACAGUGUUGGAUGAAAUAUUUAAUUAUAUACCGUUAUUAAAUAAAGUACUUUUUUAUUUCUAA